GGUAGAACGUACGCAGCGCCUCCUGCGCUCCUGCGGCGCUCCGGUGGUGACGGACCCGAAGCAAAGCGUCGGCUUUUUCUCAGUCGCGGACUGCCGAGAGGGUCCCGUACGAUGGUCCACUAGAAACGGGCAACGUUGUAGCCAGCCUUGUGUGUACGUCUUAGCUUUUAGAAAAGAGGGCUCGCCCCGCCGACGUUGUGUCCAGCGACCUACAGUGGCCUCUCUCGGCAGAGUGUUGUCUACGUUCCUCGUUGUUUUCCCGUGUGCUCCUUAGUGUGUAGAAGCGCUUUUUCUUCCCCCCCAGUGGUGCGCUGUCUCUUACGAUCUUCCUCUCAUCUCGGUGCUCGAACAUGAUCAUGGAAACCGACAGUCAACAGAGUAAUUCGGCCAGUCCCAACGAAGCGGCCCACGACCCAGGGAAAAUGUUCAUAGGAGGACUGAGUUGGCAAACAGCGCCAGAAGGAUUACGGGAGUACUUCAGUAAGUUCGGGGACAUCACGGAAGUCAUGGUGAUGAAGGAUCCCACGACGCGGCGGUCGAGAGGGUUCGGCUUCGUGACGUUUUCAGACCCCGCCAGUGUAGAUAAAGUUCUAGCCAACGGUCCACACGAACUGGACGGCAAAAAGAUUGAUCCGAAGAUUGCCUUUCCGAAACGAGCUCAUCCAAAGGACGGACCCCACGAAUCACUGGCUUUAGUCCUUGACGGCAAAAUAAAUAACUAUUUUGCGUAUGCUCCUCUAUUCGUCGAGAUGGUCACUCGAACCAAGAAAGUUUUCGUCGGUGGUCUCUCUGCGCCAACGACGCUCGAAGACGUCAAAAACUAUUUCCAGCAAUUCGGAAGGAUAGAAGAUGCGAUGCUGAUGUUUGACAAACAGACGAACAGGCACAGGGGCUUUGGCUUCGUCACCUUUGAGAACGAAGACGUGGUAGAUAAGGUGUGCGAAAUCCACUUCCACGAAAUCAACAACAAAAUGGUGGAAUGUAAAAAGGCCCAGCCAAAGGAAGUAAUGAUGCCUAAUAAUGUUGCUCGAGGAAGAGGAGCAGAACUGGUAUGGCCUCUCGGCGCUCUCACUGAAGCGGGUUUCCCAGCGUACGGCUACGGUCGAGGUGGCUACCCGGGCUACCCAGGGUUCGGAUACCCAUUCGCAGGCUCUGCGGCGGGGUUCGGACUUUUCGCAUUCCCCGCCGCGUCCGUUGCUGACCACCAAGUGGCUGCCUUUUACGCGCCCGAGUUCUGUGCCGCGGCGCCCAAUCCUAGCCCCCCGUCCUCUGCUGGCUCGGUUCCUGCCAUCCAGCAGGACUCCUCGGCCAUCCACGAAUCGCAAGUGGAAUUGAAUGGACAACAGACAUCUCCACCUCUACUAACCCAAGCCCUCUCAGUGAUGAACAAUUACGGGCCACAAGGUCUUGCUCCUCCUGCUUCGCCAGCCAACGGGCGUACCUUUCCGGCAGCCAACAGCCCCGGCCCCAUGGACAUGUACAGCUCCAGCCAGGACAGCGUCAGCUACGUGCAGGCCACAUCCCCGCAGCCUUCGGGCUUCCCGCCCCUCACAGUGAGUAUGGGUCCAUUGAUGGCUGCUGCUUUCACCAAUGGUUACCAUUGAAAUGCUGCAACGGUACGGCAUCACGUUCGCCAUAACACAAAAGAUGGUGCAAUGAAGAAAGCGUGAAAGUUAGAACACUUGAGGGCUGCUUUGGAUGACAAACUCUGAUUUGCACCGGCUUCCUGUUCCUGUUAGCCAUCUCAGAAGAAAUACCGUGCAUCAGUAUAUGGACUGUGGCGAAUAAUUUCGUCUGGACAUCUGCAUAUAUGCCAUCCCUCUUCCUCCAAGCUCCCAGACAUGCAUUGUUACGGCUAAUAACGGUUUUUAUGACAACGACAUCUCACUACUUCUGUUCACUGCUAUCGGAAAACUAUAUUCUUGCCCACGUGGGCCUGGAUGCACCUUUUUGCAUAACUGCCGCUUUGCCUCAUGUAUCGUGGUUACCUGCUUUCCUCGUCUAUGACUGCUCUCCGAUACUGCCACUAAUAGGCAGAUCCCCACAAUGGCAGUGCAGAAAUGAGUGUGUAUUUGUGCAUGUGUUACUAUGGUGUUACACAUGCAUUGAAUCAUGUCCUGUUGACAUCACUGUAAAAGCUUUUUGUAAACUGUUACGGGGUGACUGUAGACCAUAUUGUUUGCUUGUCGUGUCAGCAUUGUUAUGCCACGCUCCCCCCAGUAGUGAUACUGCGGUGGCCAGGGAAGGGACUACCUUGUGCUAAUGAGUGGCAGUGGUCAUUUUGACGGCUCGUAAAGUAUAGUCAUUUUGCUGCAUCUAAGUCGGCGCACUUCGAAGGUGGUGUUUUGUGCCUCUCUAUCGUAAUGUGCAACCUUGUCCACUGUUUUUCUUUUUCGCUUCUUCAUUCAAGAGUACACACGGUCUGGAGACUAACGUUCAGUGUUUUUUGGCAUGAAAUCGCCUGCAUGUAAGAAACUAGUGUUCUUGGAAGACGACUCCAUUUCAUUGUUCCCAUCCCUUUCUACUAAGAACUAGAUAUCGCUUGAUUGUUUUUUUGUCCACCUUAUGUUGGUCCUUUGAACACCAAGACUUCACUCAUUCCUUUCAUUCUUGUGGCGCACAUCAGAAAAUGUAGGUUGUAGUGACAAACGUAUACAGCUACGGGUCUCUGAAAAACCAAAUGCCUCAGCACCACUGGACCUCCUUACACCAAACGUCAUCGGGUUCUCUCCCUUUUUUUAUUACUUUUUACAACAUCCUACUUUAUCGCCUUGUGCUUGGACCGUGCUGUGUGUGCAACAUCUCACCCUCGUAUUUAUUCAUUUUUACGCAAAUUAAUCUCAGUUAGGUUUUCCCCUCAUCGUUAACAUCCUGACUUUGACAACUGUGACAUACUGCAUCUACUCAAACACUGAAUGACGCAUCUCAAGCAAUAUGAUAGAUUUAUAGUACUCCUCCUCACAUAACACUUCUACCCCUAGAAGGGCUUUGAAAUUCGAGUGAAAUUACACCUGUGUUUACAGCAUACUCUUGUAGUACUGGACCUAGCCUAAGGUGUAUUCUUCCAAGUGAAAACUGUUUAGGAUUCUUGGGUGCAAGUAGACCGUCUCUAUCCAUCCCAGUAUGCUAACAAUCAAAGUAUGUAUCCUAGAUAUUCCACUUUUCCAUAUUCUUUUUUUUUUCUUUGGACUUCCUUGAAAUCUUCUUCAUUCAAUAAGGAGUAGGUGUACCUUACAAGGGUUAUUGGACUACCUUUUAUAGCCAUAUAUCAAGUUUAGAAAUCAUCUCCUCUGGUCAGAAUGAGUCGAUGAAAACACCUUUCUUGUACAGAGGGGGUAGCAUCGGAACAUUCACACCAACCCAGUCAAAUUUGUUCGGCAUCCGGUACGCUCCUCACAUAGAUUCCCUUUCGAUUUCUGAUUUAACAUUUCAAUGUUAUCAUGUCACUAGACCCCCUGCCGUAGCACCCUGAACCAUGGCGCUAUACUUACAAAAUUAAAUCAAAACUUAUUUUGGCCUCAUUUCACACAGAGAUCUUCACAGAGCAGACUUGUUUUUCUUAUGUAAAUUGUCAUGUUAGAGUUGUUAGUGUUUCUGCAUGCGUUUGUGUUACAAAUCAACUUCCGUUUUUUUACAUUUCCCUACAGAUAUUUUUGAGAGACGCCUUAUUUGGGAGCUCGUGCGAUCCACAGAAAUUUCACAGCUGAGCAGGACUGCAGUACCCAGUUAAUAGACAAAAGUGUGCGCUGACAAGAUCCAGCCACGUAGAGAAUAUCUUGUGGUCUAAUCGUAAGUCAUCGAAAGCUGUGUGACACAAACGACAAUGCCAGCAGGAUAAACAAUGGUACCCCCUGUACAGCUUGUAUGUUUUUUGUGGAUGCACUUGUUUUUGAUACAAUAACUCACUGACCUCACUUCUUUCGUGAGGAGAAUUUUUCGAUGAUGUGGAUAAUUUAACAUAGUGAAGUAAGAAAAUAAUAAAAAUACACGUCUUCCAACCUGUAGUGUAAUGACAUUGUAGAGACUCAGAUAAAUGACGAUUGCAUAUGACAUCAGAGCAGUCAACUCAAUCAAUGCUUCAAAGCUCUUAAUAUUCUUCCUAACUGGUUUUUUAUAUGCCCGCAUAAAGAGCAGACAAACAAUAUUUUAUUUGAACCAUUCCUUUUACUGAUAACAUUGUGCACUUUUAUAAUUCAGACAACGGGUGAGACCAUAGAUGCAGGACGACUUCAUACAUGCUGUACUAAGGCAUCAUCGAGCGUCAGAAUUUUUGGUAAUUUGCACUAGACGGCGGGUACUUUUGCAGAUAAGCACCAAAUGGGAUGAAAGGUGUGAACCAUGAUAAAAUAGAGCAAUACUCUAGAUACUAUUGAGGUAUUGGGAAUGUCUCUUUUUUCUGUUGCACGUCACUUUUCUGUGCAACUUCUUCAAAACUUAUAUAUGUAUAUCCGUGCUGCAUUGACAACGAGUACAAAAAUCGACAUUGCCUUUCUCUUCUUGGAAUGGUCCUCGUGUUCACAACCGAAAAUCUCCGUGUACUUUCUCAGGCAUUCACAAAUCAGUAUUGCAGCAAAUGGUGCGCUGAUUUGUACGAAGAUGUACGACUGGCUGUAAUUGUGUCAAGUUAAGAUAUAAUACAUUUGCUGACAUACAUCGGUGAGGUGCAUCGCGUAGCACUUAAAUAUCUUCAGAGAUAGGUCAUUGAAACUACUGGGACAGCGCAGACGAACUGAUGCGUAGGGUGACAUCAGUAUUCGUGAUGUACUCAUAUCAAGCGUUCACACAGAAAGGUCAACUUUUUAUGGCUUCGGCCUUGUGCGAGAUAUUAGCAUGUACGGGCGGCACAUGCUCCGUUACAUUUGUUCAUCCAUCGGGAUACGCAAUCACACGCUCUGUUUCUUUUUCCCUUCCUGUGUGUUUCCUUGGGAGGAUUAUAAAAAGUGGUAUCCCUGCAAGAAAUAUUGUUUUACUUCUGAGUGGAUAAUUUGUACAUAACCUUCUACGUCUAAUAUUAAUGUUCUGCAAACCUGAACUGUACCUUUUUAAAUUCAAUGUAAUUGAGAGAAACAAAAAUAUUGUGUAUCUUCUUGAAGUACACUAUUUGUUGUGAGUUGCCAUGGUAUGUAAGUAAAGAUGCCAAUGUUAGAGCACUUGGUAAGUAAAGUAGUCGAGUUUUUUUUAAAAUUAUUAUUAUUUUUUUUUUUUAAUACUUGUGGCUUGUUUCACCUGACACUGUUAUGCACCCAGCUUGUGUUCUGCUUAAUUACGUGCUACUUAAUACUUCCUUACAUGUGACCUCUCUCAUGAAGCUCCCACUUGUUAAUGAGAAAGUAAUAACAAAUUUUGAAUCACAUAAAAUCUGAUCAAAAAUGUAUCUUUCAUUGCUCACACCAUGUGUCAGUCGUCUGCGCUGCAUUAUAUAUUCAUAUGCUAUAAAUAUUUAUGCCAAAUAUUUAAUCCAAAGCAAUAUCACAAAAGCGCUUAAGCGUCUUAUUUAAUGCAACAUGUUUGUAACUACGGACGCCAUACACAAGAGUGCAGUCAUUCAAAAUAUGUACCCCAUUUUGAGAUACUGUUAAUUCUGUACUAUCAUCUGACUAACUAUUUUCUCUCAAUGUUGUCAGCUCAAAGCGAUUGUUUAUGAAGCGUGCAAGAAUGGGUACACUAUUCUUGACACUGCUGCAUUACUUCCUUGAGGAAGAAAUGGGCGUGAGUCUUGAUACCAUGACUAUCGAAUACAGCAAUAGCUAAAGAAGUAUAUUAAAAGAAGCAAGUAGUAUUUACUUCUGUGCAAAGACACAAUCUGAAAACUCCAGGGAUACAUGUACAUUCAUAUACAUGUGCAAGUUUACCAGCAUAUACAAGAAAACCCUCUCCAGUCCACCUGCGAAGCAAAGGGCAGUUCUCUCGUAUAUGACAAACAUGCAUAUGUUAUACAUAUAAAUAUAUAAAUAUAACGCCUGCCUGGAUGCUAAAACACCAUGUGUCUCUGCACAUAAUAUGUUUGUACAUAAUGCAUGUGUAUAAUAUAUGUUCAUGUCCGGAGGAAUUCCAUAAUAUCUGCCUUAUAUUGUGUUAUAUAUACACUGCUGUUGGAGGCCGCCUCUUUGGUCGGGCUCCACAGUGGGAUGGAAGCAAUAUGAUGAUAUAAACAUAUAUGUAUGUAAAUAUAUAUUUAUAUAUAUAUUAAGGUAUAUAUAUAAAAAUAUAUAUAUAUACUAGAUUGUGAUUGUUAUGUGCCAUGUGUGCGUGUUUUACUAAUCGUUGUGCGGAACUGUAAAAUUUCGGAAAGAACCUAUGCCACCACCUUCCUAUUAAAGACUUACAUGUAAAAAAAAAAAAGAAAAGACUGAAGUGAACUGUGGCAUCAACUAUGGCAAUAUAUAUGUAUUUAACGAAGAUGACAUUCAUAUACGCCUGCACCUCAAUAUGCACUGUAAUCGUGACCUCUAGCUAUACUUGCAAACUCUACUAUAUUGAGCAUAUAAUACUGAUAUAAAUGCAUAUAAACUUCACCCAACAAGUGUGUGCUGUGUUUCAUGGCACAAAGGAUCCUCUUUUGGAAAGCGUCAAAAUAAGUUAUGUAACAUGUGACCGGGAUUGUUUCUGUCUGUUCCAUUCACUUUGGGUUUUUAAAACUGCAUUACAUUUCCGUGCCUCUCACCUUGUUCCACUUUAGUCACGUGCAUUGCUCCGGUCAUGCAGGUUUGUCAUGCAUUACUGUAUUCAGUUUACUUAUGUGUGUGCAUUUAAAGAUUGUACAUUGAUCCAGGGGAGGAGAUCUCAGGGCUCUAGCAAAAAAAUUUCAGAACAUGUACCCGAGCUAGCGCUGUGCAUAGCUCGGCAUUUUGGGUCUCGAAACUCACUAUCACAAUUAUUGAGUUCAGCCGCGGCUACGAGCUCACAUGAAGGUCGACAUAGUGUGUCAGUGAGCUCGAUCAUGCCGCAUGCCGUGUACUCACUGGAUAACAUCACACUUGUAAACAGAGCAGGUGUGAUGUUAUCUGGUGAGUGCGCUAAUGCUCUGUGCAGGCAGGGGAGUUGUUACGCUUUACAACUUCCAAGUAGUCCUGGAUGAAGGGUGUCCAAGGUCUCCACACUUAUGCUUCUCAAAUGAAAUGUGAAAUCCUCAAGUGUGAGGCUGUCGUGAGAGUUGACACCUUGAGGUCUCCUCCUCUGUGGCACUCGAACUGGUCAUAGUGCUUAAUUUAAUUGUUAUUGUUAGGUUAUAAAUCUAAAUAGGAGUUUUAUAUGACAGCAGUAAAAAGAAACGUUGCGUUAAAAGGCCACCAAUUCCUUAUUUAUUUUCCUUCCCAAUGUUAGAAGUCCACCGAUGGCCUCACCGGCAAGAUCCCUUGAUGGCGUAUGUUUUAUUUGUAACAUAGGGAUCGCGGUCAUCUUUGAGGCAUUCUUUCUCUUCUCCCUCUCUGAGGGUUUUUCUUUUUUUUCUUUCCUACCAGACAACGAAUUAUAUAUUUUUUUUAAAUGAAGAACCAGUAUAGUGAGGACAACCUCUUAGUUCUUUCUUUUGAAUGUACUAUUUGUAUGCAACAACUACAAAACAUUGUACAGGAUUUUUUUCUUGGUUAACUCUUUGAGGUAACGUGAAGAAUGUUGGCUGUACAAAAGUAUACUUGCACUAUACCGUAGGUAGAAUUUUUUUACGAUUCUGUUUCAUGGGAGAAAGUAUGUAAAAAGACAUCGUUGCAUUGCCCUUUAUAUGUAUUUAUAUGUAUACACACGGAGGGGGAAAGAAAACAACGUAUAUUAGAUAAAACGAAGCUAGACCUUGUUGCCCUCACUUUGCUUACAUAGGAGCAUGUUCUUACAACCAAAGGAAGAGUCAAGCCUACAAAAGUAAUAUAUUUUACAAUGUGUGUGUGCGUGUGGCAGAUCUUUUUUGUUUCGAAAUUGUUUGUUACUGCUGAUGUUCUUGAUGUCUAACAUGCCUCACAGUGUCUCUUUGUUUUACCUGACUGCUGAAGAAGUGUGCAUUUUCCUUUGGCAUUUCCUCGUUUUCUUUGUUGUGUCCUUCUCACAUUCAGCAGAGCAAAUCAGUUUGCUUCAUCGACAAUAAAAACCGUCUCUCA